UUUGUGAAUGUUUGGUUGUUUCUGUUUCAGAGCAUCAUAACUCUGUUUGUUGUCUCCUCUUUCUAUUUCUCUUUGAAAUCUCAGUUUUUUCUUAUUGUAUUGUGAACCAAUGUUAAAAAAUAUUGUUCUGAUUAAAACUAAAUAAGUUUGUUGUUAUUAGUGCCUUAUAUCAUGUGCUGGCUUGCUGUGUUAUUGUUCUGGUUGCUUAAUCAUGUGGAUACUUAUUUAGUCAUCAAGUAGAACCACUCUUCUAUUUUUCAUAGAUUUGCUUUUGCAUUAGAAAUGAAAUGCAACUGAUUGCAGAUGAAUUGAUUGUAGAACUCAUGUGCUGCAAUUGUAUUCUACAUUCCUUAAUUAUGAUGGUUGUAACACCCCAAAUUCUAUAACCUGGAUAAUAUAUUUAUUUAGAAUGUGAUUCUUACCAUAUUUAUGAGUCUCAUGUUUUGAUAUGACUGUUAAAUUAUUUGUGGUUGAGAAAAAAAAAUUAGGCUAGUAAUAUCUCACAUUUUAACACUUUGAGGUGGGAUAGUGACACAAUAUGAAAAAAAAGAGCCAAAGGGGGGCAUCUUAGUAAAUUACAAUUUAGAGAUGGGGCAUAGAGGUAAUAUACGAUGAAAAGAAAAAAGCAAGAAACAAAAACCCUAAACCCAAACGGGGGCUUGGGAGAAGAAAGAGGAUUCAAGAGAGGAAGAAACAAACCAUCCCAAAGAAGUUGGUUGACCCUAGUACCACUCAUUGUGUUGUGGUCCUUGUUGCUUGAAAAGAAUUGAGAUUUUAGCCAUUCACGUCAAAGGGAACCAUGGUAUUGGAAAGGCGCUUUAUAUAGUUGCUGGUGAUUUCUAAAGACAAGUUUCUUUUUGUGUGGUGCACCUGCAAUCUUUGCUUCUAAGCAUAAGUAGCAUGUCCGCUUCUCCGUCACGGAUGGAAGGAGGAGGAGGGCAGGUCUCAAUAAAGCCAGCACUAUGCGAAGAAUGCAAAUCUAACGCAUCAAAAUAUAAGUGCCCUGGUUGCUCCGUACGCUCAUGCAGUCUUCCUUGUGUAAAAGCUCACAAAGUGCGUACAGGAUGCACUGGCAAGAGGAACCGGACUCAAUUUGUUCCUCUUUCUCAGUUUGAUGAUAGUGUGCUAUUAUCUGACUAUAAUUUGUUGGAGGAGGUGAAGAGGGUGGCUGAAUCUGCUCAGAGAAUGAGAACUAAAUUGCGCUUGUAUCCCUACUUUAAGCUACCUUAUCCCCUCAAAAGCCUAGGAAGUGCUGCUGCAAGCCGGAGAACCAAACUAUUGUUUCUGCCUAGCCGGAUGUCAAAAAGAGAGAUGAAUCAGACUCGAUAUGACCAAAGGAAGAAGGCUAUAUCUUGGACAAUAGAAUGGCGUUUUCACUCGACAGAUAUUGUUUUACAUGACCACGGGGUCGAUGAAAAUUCAAGCCUCUGCUCUAUUCUUGAGAAGCAUCUCAAACCUGGUCCUUGGAAUCAUCAGCUAAGGGAAUUUUGUGUGGACCAGAUAGAUUGUCUCAAGCUUUUCAUUUGUAAAUACCCAAAGGGUCCCAGGUCACCAUUCAAAGAGUUGGAUAUGAAAGCACCAAUCAGACAGCAGUUAGCAAAUAUAGUGAUUUUGGAGUUUCCUGUUGUUUUUGUUUUUUUUCCCUCUCACAAUAUCAAUUUUGAAGUUGUUAAGGAUGUCAAUUCCAGUAUACAUAAAUCACAGCAGCAAGAUGAUGAAAGCAACCAAAGUCAGGAAGGUGUACGUUUUAGGGAGGAAGCAAUAGAAGGCGAAAACAGUUCUGCAAAUCCUAAGGUUUCUGAUCUCAUGAAGCACGUGGAAUCAAGUACAUCACAACACUUGCUUACCCAAAAUAUGAGUAAUGAGAAAACACAUGAUUCAUUUGUGGUCGAAGGAGACACUGGGAGUGGUAAUCUUUCACAUUGUUCACAGGAAACCAAGGAACUAACAUCAUUUGAAGAUUUGAGAUUUGUCUUUGAUCCAGAUCUUAUGGAUGAUUAUGCUGAUCUUGACUUCCUUGAUAUUGAUAAUGAAAUGCAAAACGAAUUAGAUUUAUUUGGUCCCAGUGCAGAGUUCCCUGUGCCAGAGGAAUUGGAGGAAGGGGAAAUUCCAGAAUGAUUUAGCUAUGGUUCACUUAUGUUGAGGAGUUGGCGAGAAAAUGAGAUAACAUUUUCAACGUGAAUCAUAUCAAUAUGUUCUGAGGUUCAUUGCUUCCAAGAAUGAGUUUGGAGUUCAGUUUCCAGUCAUGUAUUUCCUUUAUAUCUAUAUCAAGAAUGACAGAGAUUUCAAAUUGAUCUGCCUAAGGACUGCUAUGAUUUCAUGUUCCGUUCCGUCUCUUGGCUUCAGAAAUCUUGCCCCUGAUUGUUAAUGCGCUGCUUCGGAUUGGAUGUGUUAAAUUGCUCCCUAAAUCUUAUUAUCUAUAAAGAUCAAGCUGCCACUUUUUGUGCGAGGAUUCAGCAAGCACAAAGGCUGGGUAGUCGCUGCUUUGUUCAUCACUUUUUGUCAAACUUCGGUAUUGAAUUUUUCUUGUUUUAUAGUAACAUCCUGUUAAAGGAGAAAUAGAUUUCAAAUUCAUGAAUCAUUUUUUCAAGCUUUGCCUUUUCAAAUC